AUGGGCAUUGACCACCACUUUACCGUUGAAGAGGAAUUCUCCAAGCUAGAGCUCGCUCUGAACCAAGCAGCUGGCGAUACUGCCGUCUGCCUUCGCUUGCUGAAGAAACAACUGUCCGACUACGACCACCGCAAUGGCAACAUCUUCAACCAUUCGGCCACGUCGUACCUGCGCAGCGACAUGCGCUCGGCCAAGGACACGUCGGCGGAUCUGAAGAACGCGGCUUACCAGAUCAAUCACAGUCUGAAACCAUCGAAAGCAGAGCUAGCUACUGCCCGCCAUGCGAUGAACGCGACGACGAGGGUGAUGGAAGCUUUGACAGCGACAGCCCAUAACUACGACAAGGAGAAUGGCCAGUCUAAGGGGAUCAAAGGCACGAUCGAUGCUGUAUUGGGCGGUCAUCACGACAAAGACCAUCACCAUGAGAAGAAUGGCACGACGCACGAGGGACUUCUGAAAACCAACGGCACGAACAUGGCGCCAGAAGGAGGACUAUUCGGUGCCACGAGGGAACAUGACAAGAAGCACGGUGGGCUCUUGGGCGAGAAGGACGGACCCAGAGGAUUCGCGGCAGCUGCCGACAAGAAUGGCGGUGGUGUUAUGGGGACAACUGAGUGCGUGGAGGUGCUAGUGAAGAAGAACCUCCGUGACAAUUUCAACCUCAGCGCGCUGGACCAUCAGAUUUCGGCCGCAGAGAAGGUGUUGUCGCCGUCUAUUGUGGAGCGUGCGAAGGAAGUGAUACACGAUGUUAAAGACAAGCUGACGGGCGACAAGUCGAGCCCCACCUACUCGGACCACGUCAACGCUAACCGUCACGCUACGCACCAGACGACGGUCCAAUCGACGGCUCUAUGA